UCAAUUUAAAACCCCUCCACAAGCGCACUGUUGAGGUUUAACUGUCUGACAACGAAGUAGGAUUUUAUUUUCUUUACAUCGAAUCAGGGAAAGAAAAAGCCCUUAAAACUCCUGCGCAAAUUUCCUCUGUCCUGAGCAGGGCAAAAAGAAUGGAGGCGUGGUACGGGCAGUGGAUAGAUACGAUGAAGAAUUUGCUUGUUCCGCAGCUGCAAAAGGCGGUGGAGAAGGGCGAGAGGAAGCAGGUCAUGGGGCCAGUGGAACAGUUGCAUGAGCACCUGGAGGAGUACUUCAAGGCCCUGGAAGGCGCGGCCGAGAAGGAUGUUCUGCAAGUCCUCUCGCCCGCUUGGAGAAGCGCAGCAGAGAAGCCCUUUCUCUGGAUCGGUGACUUUCACCCGGCACUUCUCAUUACUCUCGCCGCCGACAGCGAGGGUUUGUCCGAGAGGGUUAAGAAGAUUCAUAAUGUGAUGACGCCUAUGCUUCAAGACCUGUUCAAUAGAUUGCGCAAUGUUCAGCUCGGUCUGGGCACGGCCCUCGCGCUCGACCGCUCGGAUGCCCUGCAAGAGCACCUUACAGAGCUCAGCUGCAUCUUUCUUGAUGCCAAUCGUCUGCGAAGGAAUGUUGUGUCCCACAUACUUAGCGCCUCCGAUGUCUCUCAAGCGGCACAUUUUCUUCAGGGCAUCGCUCAGCUUUAUAUCUCCUUCAGGGAUCCCCAUUUGGCUGAAUCGUUGAAGCGUUGUAACUUUUAACCCAUUCUUCUCAAUUAUACUCUCCUCUACAAUUCUCUGCAUUUUUUUCCGAAGGAAAUCUUGGUUAUGCACUUUUUUCCAAAGGAGUUUUUGGUGCACCAUGUGCAAGGUUAUGCUGGUUUCUUGAUCAAGGUUAUGCUGGUUUCUUGAUCAAGAUGUAUAGUAAAAGAGCUUACAUUCCUUUAGAGCCUACAUCAAAAGGAAUGUCUGGUUUCUUGAUCAAGAUGUAUAGUAAAGAGCCUACAUCAAAAGGAAUGGUUCUUUUGGCAGUGGAUACCAAAAUUCUCCUGAAAAUGUAUUAGGAUGCGGUUCUCAGUCUUGACUGUUUGGUCUCAUGGAAUCAUUAAAAUCUAUAUUGUUCUCAAGUGUAUUCCUCUACGUUUCUCUGCCUUUUUUUUCCAAAGGAAGUCUUGGUGCACCAUGCAUUUUUUACCAAAAUAACUUUUGGUUCACCAUGCAUCUUUUUCCAAAGGAAUUUUUGGUGCAUCAAGAUGUAUAUAUAGUGUUCAGAGUCCACAUCAAAAGGAAUUUGGUUCUUUUUGUCUUUUGGUAUCGAAGUCAUUUAAAUGUACUGUAAGCUGAUAUCAAAAUCCACUUAAAAAAAGUGUAUAAAUUGCGGCUCUCAGUCUUUUAGACUGUUUGGUGACUUUCUGUCUUUUAGAUUUGUUUGGUUUCAUGGAAUCAUUAAGAUGUACAGUUA